AUGUCCGCAGCAGCAUCGCAAGCUUCACCAGUGGUAGUUCGCAAUCCUGCUGCAUCGCACCCGCAUUCAUCUUAUCGACCUCCCUCCGACCUCCCGCAAAGGACUCGUAGCAGCGGUGCACCAUCUACGAAACAUUCUCAUUCUCGCAGCCAAUCAGGCCCCCGAUCUCACGGGUACGAUCGUUCAGCAUCCCACAAGGGUCCUUCAAAUAGCCUUGCCCGACGAGAUUACCAACCCUCAAGCACCGCUCACUCCAACUCGACUCGCCGUAGCUCAUCCCGCGAUCGCACACAGGACCACAAUUUGCCGUAUCGGACUGAUUCUCGAUCGCAUCGUCGCACUUCCAAGCCUUCAUACUCCCGGAAUAGCGCUGAGAUGACAGGCCCCAACGCUGCGGUGGCGGACGGAUACGCCGCUGGACGCACAUCCCACAACCCCCCUCCCAACAGUUCUGGUAUCACUAAUCAAACCCGGCGACGCACCACAAUCACCACAUCGUCGGGCCAAUGGGCCUUGGGCAAGACAAUCGGCGCUGGGAGCAUGGGAAAAGUCGCUGUAAAGAUCAUACCGAGACAUUCCACAGAAGAGCAUCGAAGCACUCGAGAUACCGAAAGAGCAGACCGCUCGAAGGAGAUUCGGACCGCAAGGGAGGCAGCAAUCGUCACCCUCUUGAACCAUCCAUACGUUUGCGGAAUGCGCGAUGUUGUGCGAACACACAACCACUGGUACAUGCUGUUCGAAUAUGUAAAUGGUGGCCAAAUGCUUGACUACAUAAUCUCACAUGGCAAGUUAAAGGAGAAACAAGCCCGUAAGUUUGCGCGGCAAAUUGCCAGCGCUCUCGAUUACUGCCACAAAAACAACAUUGUACACCGCGAUCUGAAAAUCGAAAACAUCUUGAUCAGCAAAACGGGAGAUAUCAAAAUCAUUGACUUUGGGCUGAGCAAUCUCUUUUCCCCAAAGAGCCAACUGAAGACCUUUUGUGGUAGUCUAUAUUUUGCCGCUCCUGAACUUCUACAGGCUCGACAAUAUAUUGGUCCAGAAGUUGAUGUGUGGAGCUUUGGUAUUGUGCUAUAUGUGUUAGUAUGCGGCAAAGUGCCGUUUGACGACCAAAGUAUGCCGCAACUUCAUGCAAAGAUCAAAAAGGGCGUGGUAGAGUACCCACCAGGGCUUUCAUCCGAUUGUCGUCAUAUAAUCUCCCGAAUGCUUGUUACAGAUCCCAAACAACGCGCUAGUUUAACUGAAAUCAUGAACCAUCCUUGGAUGGUAAAGGGAUUUAACGGGCCUCCUGAAAAUUAUCUUCCCCACCGAGAGGCAUUACAGCAGCCCUUGGAGUCGGAGGUCAUUCAGCGCAUGACGGGAUUUGAUUUUGGCCCCCCUGAAUUUAUUGCUACUCAGCUUAACAAGGUAGUUGAAUCGGAAGACUACCAAAAUGCAGUUCGGGCUUUCUUAAGGGAGCAUCACACUGCGAGCCAUGUGAGCGACAAGAAAAGAGGUGUAUUUGAUUUCUACAAACGCCGAAAUUCCACCAGCAAAGAAACGCUUUCGAAUACAUCUCUUGAAACGACGCAUCAGAGCAUUGAUCCAAUCAAUGGUUAUCACCCCCUUAUUGCCAUCUACAAUCUCGUCAAGGAAAAACUCAACAGAGAGAAACUAGAGGCACAUCCAGGUGGUCUAGGCGUUCCGCAUAGUCCUGGAGAGCCACCUGUUAAAUUUCCAGAUAUCUCAGCGCCAGAGGCUGCACAUACGAAUCAAAGCGCCUAUGAAAUUCCGGGAGACAGGGAUACUGGGGGAAGGUCUAGGCCACGAGCCCGAACACAUGGCGACGAUGAGGUAUCUGAAGGGAUCAAGAACCUCAGGCUCGGCAAACCUUCGGCACCUGCCUCUCCUGCGAUCGUUACACCCCAAGUUGAACAACCUCCAAAGAAGGAGAAUGCUGCUGUCGGUCUACUCAGACGCUUGAGCACGAGAAGAACCCGCGAUAGAGGACGCGAAGACAAAGUCAAUGCCCAACAUGGACCAACGCUAACUGUGAAGUCACCAGAUAACCUUCUUCCGCCACGAAAGAGUUUUAGCGUUCGAAGAACCCGGCGUGGAGAAGGCACAUCUGGGACACUGCACCCCGGCGGCAGCCAACCCCAGCAACAAGAACUCACCCCUGGCGAGCUCCCUUCUAGAACGAAUAAUCUACUUGGAAGAUCAACUAGCGUUAACUCUGCAGAUUUCAGAAGCAGAAAGGGUGCUCAGAGGGGGGGAGUUGAUACUCUAUCACCGACAAUCCCGCAUGACCCGCCUUUGACUAGUGGAUCCGAUCGGUCGAGCCUGAACGUUCACAGAUCUAAGGCAUCAGAUAUCAAUACUUCAGACGCAAAGGUGCUGUAUAAGCCACAGACAUUGAGAACAAAGUCGCUGGGCCAUGCUCGCCGUGAGAGUAUUCAAGCCCGGCGGGCCCGCAGGGAAGAAGCCAGGGAAGCAAAUGUACCGGAGGAAACGGACGCUGAGCUGGCAGAAGCAAGUACAAGUGCGGAGAACGGUAAUACCGGAGAAGACUUCAUAAAGCCCGUCUAUCUCAAAGGCCUGUUCAGCGUGUCCACAACCAGCAGCAAGCCGUUACCGUUCAUUCGAUCGGAUAUUAUUCGGGUAUUAAAGCAAUUGGGUGUCGAGUAUGUCGAAAUUAGAGGCGGGUUCAGUUGUCGACAUGCACCUAGCAUAGACCUUAAGCGUGUUGUGGAGGCGCGUCCACCAAGCCCAGAACAGCAGGGUAUGGUUGGGGGACAUCGCCGUCGAAUCAGCUUUGGGGGGCUCCGCAGCCACGAUCGUGAAGAUAAUAAAGACCAGCCACGGCCGUCUCGGCGCCAUCCGGACCAAAGUUUUAUCAGUAACUCGGACGGAUCUGAUGACUAUGCCGCCAAUCGCGAAACUAGUGCGGGAGAGCGCAUUCUCGGUGAAACAACAACCAGAGUACAGAGUGAUACCGGUGAAAACCUAGUUCUUCGAUUUGAAAUACUAAUCGUUAAGGUUCCUCUCUUCUCACUCCAUGGUAUCCAAUUUAAAAAGGUUUCUGGGGGGAUGUGGCAGUAUAGGGAAAUGGCCAAAAAGAUCCUUGAUGCUCUAAGGCUAUAG